AUCAACAAAGAACUUUUAGCAGAGACAUUUACGAUGGAAAAGAUAUCUCAGCCGGCACAUCCCAACAUUAUUGGCUACCAUGGCUGCCGUGUCAGGCGUGGACGCAUCACUUCUAUAGUCCUUGAAAAGCUUGAUCAAACACUACAGCAAUUCUCAGCUACUCCAGAGUUUGAGAAGCUAGACAAGCCCAACUUCCUAGAGGCUCUCCAAUCAGCAGUCGCCUACAUCCACUCACUGGGCCUAGCUCACAACGAUAUCAACCCACACAACAUCAUGGUCAAGCAUGGAAUGCCGAUACUCAUUGACGUUGGUUCAUGUCAGCCUGUAGGACAGCGACUUCAGUCGCUGGGGACCGACGGGUGGUAUGAGGAGCUUUUCUUUACAUCUGAGCAGAAGCACGACACAUAUUCAUUGAACAAACUCAGAGAGUGGAUUCAUAAUCCGGAAUAA